CUGAGGGGCCCUGUCACCGUGGGCCCGGGACACUAUGGCCCAGCCCAUCUCUGCCUUCCAGGCUGCCUACAUCACCAUCGAAGUGCUGAUUGCCCUGGUGUCCGUGCCUGGGAACAUCCUGGUGAUCUGGGCUGUCCGGAUGAACCAGGCUUUGCAGGAUGCCACCUUCAGCUUCAUCGUCUCGCUGGCCGUGGCUGACGUGGCAGUGGGGGCCCUGGUCAUCCCGCUCGCCAUCGUUAUCAACGUGGGGCCCCACAUUGAGUUCUACACCUGCCUCAUGUUGGCCUGCCCUGUCCUCAUCCUGACCGAGAGCUCCAUCCUGGCCCUGCUGGCCAUCGCCGUGGACCGCUACCUGCGCGUGAAGAUCCCCCUCAGCUACAAGAACGUGGUGACCCCCAAACGAGCGGCCGUGGCCAUUGCUUGCUGCUGGAUCGUGUCCCUCCUUGUGGGACUGACCCCCAUGUUCGGCUGGAACAACCUGAACAAGAUGAGGACUCAGGAGGCGAACGCCAGCCACGCGGCCUUCGUCAUCCCCUGCCAGUUUGAGAACGUCAUCAGCAUGGAGUACAUGGUCUAUUUCAACUUCUUCGUCUGGGUGCUACCCCCGUUGCUCCUCAUGCUCAUCAUCUACCUGGAGGUCUUCAACCUCAUCCGCAAGCAGCUCAACAAGAAGGUCUCGGCCAACUCCUCGGAUCCACAGAAAUACUACGGGAAGGAGCUGCAGAUCGCCAAGUCCUUAGCACUGGUGCUCUUCCUGUUUGCACUGAGCUGGCUCCCUCUGCACACGCUGAAUUGCAUCACCUUGUUCUGCCCGUCCUGCCAGACCCCCAGCAUCCUCACUUACAUCGCGAUCUUCCUGACGCACGGCAACUCGGCCAUGAACCCCAUCGUCUAUGCCUUCCGCAUCAAAAAAUUCAGGGUCACCUUCCUCCAGAUUUGGCGCCAGUACAUCUGCUGCAAAGCUGACAAGAACGCCAACACCCUGGACAAUACAGAGCUAGGCAACUGGCCUCUGGAGAGAGCAGGGGCUAUCCCUGAGAUGCCGUACCUUGAUUUACAAAAGCCCCUUUAAUAUCCCAAGAGCCAACGUGGCUUCACCCCCUCCACACGCACCCAAGGACUGGGAGGAGGCUUGGGAGACCUGAGAGGGUCAGACCAAGUAGAUGUUUACCUGCGCAAGCAUAGGGCAUUAUUUAUUCACAGCUGCUGUACUGUUCCGAUAACGUAGCCUGCACUUUCCUUGUGUUUCGGGCAAAGUGCGUCGAGUUUCUCCAAGGGGAGAUGUACAGAUAAGGAUGUGAUUUAUCUUUAAUUCAAAUAAAAAAGGAAGGCAGAAACUCUGCCGCAGUACGGCUGGGUUCUCGCUCUCAGGGCACAGGGCAGGACAGUGGGGAAGUGACUUUAAGUUGUAAAUGUCCCCUUACCCCUCUACCCUACCUAUCCCAUAAGGAGUCCUGUGCUACAGCCCCUCCCUUCACUGAGGAGGAGAGAGUGGUGCAUCAUGGGAGAUGUAGUCCUACCAUAGAGCCCAUCCGGGAAUGGAAGCAGAAGGCAGCUAAACCAUUACUCCCAUGCAGCACCAUUUUGAAUAGAAACAUUUCAAAAUUGAUCUAAUUAUUUUGCUGAAAGGUUAUUUUCUGACCAGAUCUAGGUGGACGGCGUGUGGGCUGAGCUACCCACAGCUAACAGGCUAGGUGUCUGGGGUUAAACCGGACAGUCCUACUUUUGGGACAGGUUUGUCCCUGCUCCGUAUCGGAGGUGGCUCUGCCCCCACCAGCACGAGUUCGCCUGCAUGGUGUGGGCAGGUCAUGAUGGGGCGUGUGAGGACAUGGUGGCAGGGCAAGCACAUCCCAUUCUGGAUGCCCAGUGGGGUGGGGUUGCAUCCAUAGCUUCCCCGGCGGUGCUGGGACACCUACCGCUCCCAGUGCAGAUGCUCAGCUGGGGACUACGGGGAUGAAUCAUAAAAUCCCAGAGCUGGAAGAGACCUCAGGAGUCAUCGAGUCCAGCCCCUGCCCAAAGCAGGACCAACCCAACUCAAUCAUCCCAGCCAAGGCUGUGUGAAGCCAGGACUAAAACACCUCCAGGGAUGGAGAUUCCACCCCCCUCCCUAGGGAACCCACCCCAAGGCUUCCCCACCCUCCUAGGCUCAUAGUUGUUCCCAAUAUCCAACCUAGACCUCCCCCAUGAGCCCAUGUAGACUCUAAGAAUAGGUGGUCUCUGUGCUUUCACUGAACCACAACCUGCUUCCAAACAGGCCUCCAAGGUGGAGCCUUCUCCGGACCUUAAUUGUGCUCCGUAAGCUGGAUAAGACAGGGCUACUGCCUCUCUCACUCGUGCCUUGCUCUGAGUGCUGAGCAGGAGGCCUGAUGGAGGUACGUGAGGUUGGCUUGCUUGUCUCAGGGUCCUGCAGCCUCUUUGCUCCCUGGCUUCAAAUUGUGAGCUACUGAUCUGAGCACAGAAAGUCUCUGUGUCCCCCGGGUGUCUGCGUAAAGCUCUGGGGUGGUUUUUAGGCCUGAGGGGACCCUGCUGGGUCUGGGCUGGGGGAGGCAGGCCAGCUGUUUUUUGAUUGGAGGGGGGCAAUGGGA